GCUGUCGCCGCUCUGCUCCCACCCGAGCGGCCCCGCGGCCUGAGCAGCGGCCCCACUCGUGCCCUGCGGCCCGCGCCAUGAUUGAGCAGGAGAAGGCAGAGUGGGAAAAUUUAAACAGGAUAUUAAUGUGUCAUGGGUUGAAACCUGUCAGUCUUGCUGCCCCCCAAAGCUGCAGAGAUACAUCAGAUAUGAUUGUCCUAGACCAUCAGUCUUCUCAAGAAAUAAGACUUGCGUUGCAAAUGCUGGUGGAAGACACUGAGAGACAGCAAAAGGUGAUGCAGGGACUUAUGGAAGCAAAUCGAUGUCUUAGAGAUGUGGUACAACUGGAACAAGGUCCGGCAUCUCGGCAAGAGCAACGGGCUAAUGAUUUGGAAAAUGUGGUGAAGAACAUUAAGGCCAAAAUUUGUCAGCUGGAAGAUGAAACAAUAGCUAAGGCAUGCCAGCAACAGAACCAAGUCAAGGAACUUCAAAAAGAGCAACAGGCUUCACGGGUAAAAUACCAACAGCAGCAGGAAAAGCUGCAAGAACAGGAAGAGAUUAUUGCCCGCUUGCAGAAGGAGCUGAGGAGAGUUGGGAGGGAGGAGCAGCAGCGAGUUGACACUCAAAACAAAAUGUUUUGUCAGUUUUGCAGAAGAGCUCCCAAGUCUCUCCUGGAUCAGCGGUAA